ACUUCCGCUAAACUUCUCCCGGGUUUCUGGCCCUGCCCUUGAGGCAUUAAAGAGUAGAGGUGCCUGGGGACAGCUAGCCACUGACUGGUCACGUAGCCUCAAGCCUGCAGACUUGGGUCCUCUGAAACCGGAUGGCGUUUGGCGAGGACUAGUGUUACAGGUGGGAGAAGGCCCAUAUCCCUCUGUGUGGGAGCCUCAGGCGGCUUUGGAGGUGGAGGAAGCAGUGAGAAGAAGUUUUCUCUGCAGGAUGUAGCUGAGCUGCUUCGGACCAGAGCCUGCAGUAGGGUGGUGGUCAUGGUGGGGGCCGGCAUCAGCACACCCAGUGGCAUCCCGGACUUCAGAUCCCCAGGGAGCGGCCUCUACAGCAACCUUCAGCAGUAUGACAUCCCGUACCCUGAAGCCAUCUUUGAACUUGGCUUUUUCUUUCACAACCCCAAGCCCUUUUUCAUGUUGGCCAAGGAGCUGUACCCUGGGCACUACAGGCCCAAUGUCACUCACUACUUCCUGAGGCUCCUCCACGACAAGGAGCUGCUUCUGCGGCUCUAUACACAGAACAUCGACGGGCUUGAGAGAGCAUCUGGGAUCCCUGCCUCAAAGCUGGUUGAAGCCCACGGGACCUUUGUAACAGCUACAUGCACGGUCUGUCGAAGGUCCUUCCCAGGGGAAGACAUAUGGGCUGAUGUGAUGGCGGACAGGGUGCCCCGCUGCCCUGUCUGUACUGGCGUUGUGAAACCCGACAUUGUGUUCUUUGGGGAGCAGCUGCCUGCAAGGUUCCUACUCCAUAUGGCUGACUUCGCUUUGGCAGAUCUGCUACUCAUUCUUGGGACCUCCCUGGAGGUGGAGCCUUUUGCCAGCUUGUCUGAAGCAGUACAGAAAUCAGUGCCCCGACUGCUCAUCAAUCGAGACUUGGUGGGGCCGUUCGUUCUGAGUCCUCGAAGGAAAGAUGUGGUCCAGCUAGGGGAUGUAGUUCAUGGUGUGGAAAGGCUGGUGGACCUCCUGGGGUGGACACAAGAACUGCUGGAUCUUAUGCAGCGGGAACGUGGCAAGCUGGAUGGACAGGACAGAUAAGACUAUGGCUUCUUCACCUGGGGAAGUCACACAGCAGAUCAUCCUAUGUCCAGCAAGACUUCAUGCCUGAAGACAGCUCCAACACGUUUACAAACAUGAACCAGACCACAACAUGUGGCCUGGACAGUGGUCCUCCGAGGCUGCCUUUGGAAAGGCUGACCAGGGAUGUCUACCCUUGGGGCCCCUCCAUGUGUGCGCCCUGUCCACCUCAUCACUGCUGAAGGUGUAGUGCAGGUGCUGCUUUCUGCAGCGGCCCUUAAGUUAUCACGAGGGCAGCACAGCACGCCCGUCGCCAGGCAGGCGAUGCACUAGGGCAAUCUAGCAUGUUGAUCGGUAAAGUGGCAUCUUUAACUACAACAUCAUUUCUUGCAUGAAAUAAACUUAGUAUAAAAACUUGGCA